AUGUCUCUACGACAUCCAUUGCUGUCACGAUGGAUAGCUUCGCCAACGCAAUUCCUCCAAAGCGCAUCAGUGCUGAAAUCCCCCCCGUCCGUGUCUCAAUCGCUCUUCAUGCGGCAUCGGCCCAUGGGUCUCUCUGGUUCUCCUUCCCUUCCAUCGACCUCGCUUAGCCGUUCCUUUUCUCUCGGACGACCGUUCCAGCUUCAGGGGAGGUCCCUUGGUCGAAUGAAUGGCAGACCCCGAAUAGAAUCCACCAGACCACGACAACAGCGACAACAACAAACACGACGGGGAUUCAGUUCGUCCCGCCAAGCACCGGAAUCUCUUUCACAGAAACUGCGCAAGCUGUCCCGUGAGUACGGGUGGUCUGCUCUGGGUGUCUACUUGCUGUUGUCUGCCAUUGACUUCCCCUUCUGUUUUGCGGCAGUGCGUCUUCUUGGAGCCGAUCGGAUUGGCCACUACGAAGACGUUAUUCUGCAGACAGUGGCGGACGGUAUUCACACCGUGUGGCCCAGUAAGCAGGAUAAGGAGUCCGACUCCGAAGAGGCCGUUGAGGCGAAGGCCGAGAAAACGGAGGAGCAAACGAAGCAGGCUGCUGCUAAGAAGAAGGCGGACCAAGCGAGCCUAUGGACCCAGCUGGCUCUCGCUUAUGCUAUUCACAAGAGUCUCAUCUUUAUACGGGUGCCGUUGACCGCAGCCAUCACGCCCAAGGUUGUCAAAGUUUUGAGGGCCUGGGGUGUUGACAUUACAAGGCGGAGGCCAUGA